GUGAAAGCUCAUAACCUUAUUGUUAAACAAGCAUUUCACUCCCUCAAAAAUGGCACUCAAAUCAUCAACAUUCUCCCUUUUUCUUUUCUCAUUCCUCCUUUCUACAAUAACUCCCUCAUUUGCUCACAAUUACCCCCCAAAACACACCCAAAAAUCACUUAGGAAGCCAUGCAAAAGUAUGAGUUUCUACUUCCAUGACGUACUCUACAACGGCAAAAAUUCCAAAAAUGCAACUUCAGCCAUUGUAGGUGCACCAGCUUGGGCUAAUACAACCAUCAUAGCUGGGCAAAGCCAUUUUGGAGAUUUGAUUAUUUUCGACGAUCCGAUUACAAUGACAAAUGAUUUUCAUUCCAAAGCAGUAGGUCGAGCACAAGGGUUGUAUGUUUAUGAUAAAAAGGAGGUUUUUACAGCAUGGUUAGGGUUCUCAUUUGUGUUCAACUCUACUGAACAUAAGGGUACCUUAAACUUUGCUGGUGCUGACCCUUUGAUGAAUAAAACUAGGGACAUUUCUAUCAUUGGAGGUACGGGUGAUUUUUUCAUGGCUCGAGGUGUUGCUACUUUGAUGACUGAUGCAUAUGAAGGGGAUGUUUAUUUUAGACUUCGUGCUGAUAUUAAGCUCUAUGAAUGUUGGUAAUUAAUGGUUUGAUGAUCAAGGAUGAGGAGCUAGCUCGUGUGGUAGAGCUAGCACUCUCCUUUGAUCUUUAAGGUCAAGGGUUCGAUCCUUACCCCAGCAUAAUGCUGGGGUAUUUUCUUAGCAUGCAUUACCAGAUUCUUAUUAAGAAUGUAACACUUGAGGUGGGGAAUGCAUAAUUUACCCCAUUUUUUCCCCUAGAUUGUUUUUGGUUCAUAAAUGUUGUUUGUUGUGUGGGUUUUUCUUUCCUCGUGCUUUUUCGUUUUGGGGUAAAAAAAGUCAUUUGAUGAUGGAAAAAGAACUUGAUCAAAGUCAUUUGAGAAUUGAUCGAGUGAUAUAUAAUUGAGCAUUGCAGCCAGAAUGAUAAUCAAGUUGCGGAUUUGCUAGUUAAGAAAAGUAGAACUAAGGAUGGUAGUUGCAAUGUAACUAGGAUGUUCCUAAUCCCCCAGUUGUUGUAACACGACUCAUAUUGCGGACGGUAAAAUUCGUUCUAAUAUGAUUAUGUAAUAUGCGGCUUACACUU